CGCGUCUUUCCGUUCCACUGCGGUCCUUAGAAUAUCACCAGCCCAAAAAACAGAGACUGACAGUAGUAGGAACGCGAUGUCAAUAUCGCACUCAGACAUGGCUGAGAGAAAACCGGAUGUAAUAUGGACCGUGCACGUCGAAGUCCGACUCUCGACAAAAUCUAGACGACGCGUGGACGUCAUCCAAAGUCUCGUCCGAGAUUUCAUCACCAACAACUACGAUCCCAUCCAGCUCCCAUCCGUCCUCAAUGGAUGGGAAGCAGACCCGACCCUUGCUUCAUCGGUGGACCGAAUCGCAGUAUCAGAAUCGGCAUGUCCAUCGAUCACAUUACGCCUCAAAGAGGUGUCACUGGAAAUUCAUGCUUACCAACCACAUGAAACCGAUGCGGUCGAAGAAUAUGCUAAUGGAACACCAGGUAGAGAUGGUGAGGAGAAUGUGCUCGCUGCGAGCGUAUGCGAACUUCCAUGCAAGGCAUGGGAGGGAUUGUGGGAUGGCUUGAUAUACCCGGAUAACAUCAAGCUGAAACUACUCGAUUACAUUCACGCAACUUUUGUUCUGAGUGACGCUGGUGUUGACUUUAAUCUGGUGACAUGGAACCGUGUAGUCCUGCUACAUGGCCCCCCCGGGACAGGCAAGACAUCGCUAUGUCGAGCACUUGCUCAAAAAUUAUCCAUACGAUUAUCUCAUCGAUACUCUCAGUCACGUCUCCUAGAGAUCAACUCUCACUCCCUGUUUUCUCGCUGGUUCUCGGAGUCUGGAAAACUUGUACAGCGUCUGUUCAGCAACAUCAUGGAAAUGGUGGAAGACGAAGACUGUUUCGUUGUUGUGCUGAUAGAUGAAGUGGAGUCUCUUACCGCAGCCAGGGCUGGCGCCAUGGCAGGCACAGAACCAUCGGACGGGCUGAGGGUGGUCAAUGCUCUCCUCACGCAACUGGACAAGCUAAGGUACCAGAAGAACGUCCUGGUGAUGUCCACGAGUAACCUCGCAAAAGCCAUAGAUUCGGCCUUCGUUGAUCGAGCGGAUAUCAUCCAAUACGUCGACUUACCCCCACGCGAAGCCAUCUAUGAGAUUCUUCGAAUCCUGCAGGAGACAACAGUACCAGCGCUUGACCUAGCGUUGUACAUUGAAGGGAGCAGCAAGAAUCGCUCUAGCGCAAGUGAUACUAUGUUGCCUGAUUUACCGAAGGAACUUGCGUCCACUUUACUGGCUCUUGCUGAUAAAUGCAGAGCACAGCAACUUUCAGGACGUGCCCUUCGGCGUUUGCCCGUUCUCGCGCUUGCAAGAUACAUUGGCAUCGGUGUUAGUGCAUCGUCGACCACCGGCAAUCUCAACAACUCCCAGUUCCAAACCGACAUACACUUAUGGCUGGACGCGAUGGGUAAAGUCCUCGAUGAUCGAGCUGCAGAUCACGGAAAACUUUUGUAGUCGAAAUCCCGUUCUCAUGCUUUGCAUCACACUGUUGUUGUCUUCUUGAACUCUGCCCCAUAUCUCAACAUGUAUGAUACCUGCAACCGCAAUCAAUCCACG